AUGUCUCUCACAGCCAAGGAAGCAUUCGCAAAGCUUCCACAGAAGCUACAUAACUUUUUCAUAAAAUACCCACCAAGGCCCUUUUCUGAAUAUAAAAAUGGUCCAUCGGUGACGUCUGACCCGGAAAAGAAUCCCUUUUUCCCUAAUAAAAAUACUGAAACAGGAAGAUGGCAUAGCUCGCUAUACUCACGCCGAAGGUCAGCAGACUUGUUCAAGUUAGCUAAAAAGUUUGGCAUACAUGACCUUUUACCUCCAACGCCAAGGAAGUUCCAUGAAGACAAGUACGUCAACAAGAAAUGGAUGCAAGGAAUGGUUCAACCAGCCGGCAGAGCUGACCAGGCUGAGUUGGAAGAGAAGUUCAAAAAGAGGGAGGAAGCUAUUAAGAAUAUGGACAAGACUAUCGCCAAAGCAAGACCUGGCUAUAAGAAGUUGUUGAAGAAGAGAGAACAAAGAAAGCCGACAUGGUUUUAG